AUGUUUUACAAGUUGCCUAAUGGACCUUGUGGAAGUUUUAGUAAUCCAAUUGGAAAUCAUACCGUGAAAUUAUACCGUCACAGAUUAUUAAGAAAUGAACAAAUGAAUGUGACUAACGCUCUUGACUUUCUGCUUUAUUUGAAAGAGGAAGAUGACUACCAUCCGUGGGAUGUAUUUAUCGAUAACAGAUGGUACCUGUUGAAACUUCUCGAUAGUCGGCAUGUGGAAUCAUUCAAAAAUGUUACGAGAAAUAUAAUAACGCCAUUUUUGGAAACGUUCAAACCCCAAUCCAACGACACUGUAAAAAUAAGAGAUUUGAGGAUGUUUUUAAUGGUAAUUGCGUGCUAUGUGGGCAUGGAAAAGUACCUCCAAACUAUGAACGAGAUGUUCCACCAGGCCAUCGCUGGCGGAUUGAAAUUGACACCGAUUGAAAAGUUUCUUUUAUACGGAAAGGUGGUGGCUUAUGGAGGAGAGGAAGAAUGGAACUACUUCAUGGAGAUAGUCAUGUCAAACGACAGCACAUACGGACAGAGAACGGAAGCCUUGGAACAUCUCUCACAAAGCGAAGAUCCGUCGAGAGUUUUGAAAUUGUUGACGAUGUCUCUAAAUGAUACCUUACUGGAUGCAGAUGAAAGUUAUGCGGUUCUGUGUUUUAUUGGCGCAAAUGCAAACAACAAAGAAACUUUUUGGAAAUUUUUCAAUGAAAAUUGGAUGAAAAUAUACGAAAGGAUAUCCGACGAAAUAGAUUUCAUAAUAGAAUCAGCUAGACCUUACUUCUCAACUAAAGCUGAUUACAACGAUUUGAAAACAUUAUUGACCAAGUUUAAGGAAAGUGGUAUUACCCUUGGAAGUGAUCAUUUGAGUGUCGUCCGAGCUAAUGUGGACUGCCUCGAGAUGAGACUUCUCUAUUUCCCUAAAGGGGCUGUCGACAAAACUCAAAAGUCGUACAUCAUUUUGGAAUUUUUAAAAUAA